AUGACCAGAGGUGUGCUGUCCGUCCUCCUCAUCUUGGGGGCCAUUCUCUCCGUCUUUGCCACUGGCAAACAAUACAUCCCAAAGACCGGGAAGAGAAUCCCUGAGACCCUGUCCAGAGGUCCAAGAAUCACCUGAGACUCACCUUUGACUAUUCUGUACAUAAUCCAGAGAAAAUGGCAAACUAACUGUUUGUGUGUGUGUGUGUCUCUGUCUGUCUGUCUGUGUGUGCCUCUGCAGGAUGGGGGGAUCAGCUGAUCUGGGCACAGACCUAUGAGGAGGCUCUGUACUGGUCCAGAAGCAGGUGAGUCAGAAUCUACAGGUGAGCAUACAGGUGUAACAGGCUCAGGUGCUGAUGUAUCUGCUGUGUUUUUUAAGGAACAAGCCUCUAAUGGUCGUGUUUCACCUGGCGGACUGUCCUCACAGCCAAGGUAAGUCUGCACCUGAUUUUUGUUAAAGUAGGGGGGCUUUAGCCACUUAAAAAACACUCUCUAAUAUGAAAUAGUUACAGCCGUAAUGCUGGCUUUGCACAUGCUCAGUGUGGUUCUCUCUGAAGGGAUCUCCUCACUUCCGCUAACACGUCCAGACAGGUGAAUUUAGGAUAACUCAAAAAGUAUUUUUCCUUAGGCUGUCUGAAGUUAACCAAAAAAAAUAAACCUAAAAAUUACCUAAGCCUGUUUUUAAUCUGGAUCAGUUUGUUAAUUUAAAUUUGACAGUUUUUAGGAGACAAAACAGUGAAUCUCUGAAGUGUUUUUUCUGUUUCUCCCUACACUUCUGCCGUGGUCCACCUGUGUGAUAUCACAAUCUCACCUGUGUGUUGUCCUGCAGCUUUCAAGAAAAUUUUCGCUAACAGCUACGACAUCCAGAAGACUCUGGAUGAAGACUUUAUUGUCCUGAACCUGAUGGUGAGUUCAGCUUUUUAUCUGUCUAAGGAUGACCGUCAGUCUGUUUGUCUGAGUGUGUGUGUGUGUGUGUGUGUGUGAUUCUCCCUUUGUGUUCAAGGACUUCUAAACUAAUGUCAGCUAUCCACCUGUUCUCAAAUGGUGUCACACUUGAGAAUAGAUGUGCAGACUCGUGCUGUUAAUCAUAAUAUCAGGCUGAUAUGAACCAUGUGAGAAUGACUCUGUGAUCUGAUUGGAAGAUUGGAGUGACUCUGUAAUCUGAAUUGACGAUUGUAAUUUUGUGUCGUCAGUAUGAAACCACAGACAGCAACCUGAGACCUGAUGGCCAAUACGUUCCCAGAAUCCUCUUUGUGGGUAAGAAUCAAGUGCUCUGAUUGGUCAGCUUGGCAAAUCAGCCAAUCUGUGAUGUUUCAAUUUAUAAGCAUGUUAUUAAUAUGUUAUUUGCAUGUUAUAAGAUUGGCAUUACUGUGUUAUUAGCAUGUUAUUAGUGUGUUGUUAGCGUGUUGUAAGGGUGUGAUUAUUGUAAUACAAGUGUGUUACAAGCCUGUUUGAAGUGUGCUAUUACUGUUUUAUUAGCAUUUUAUUGUGAAUUAUUAUUGUGUUACUAGCAUGUUAUCAGUGUGUUAUAGGUAUGUUAUAAGUGUGUUAUUAGUGUGAUAUAAGUGGGUUAUUAACAUAUCAUUAGUUUGUUAUUGGUAUGUUAUUUGCGUGAUAUAAAGCUAACAUAAGCUACAUGAGCUAGCGUCUUUCUGAACCAUAAAGAAAGUUUAUUUGUUGCAUUUUUAUAAAAACCUUGACCUAUCAACAGCAGUAUGUGUGUGUUCAUGUGUGUGCCUCUCUGAUGACCCCUCGUGUCCUCAGAUCCCUCCAUGACAGUCAGAGCUGACAUCGUUAGUCGCUACAGCAACCGUAAGCAUGCCUACGAACCCCAGGACGAGAAACUGCGUGAGUACUUCCUUAGCGCCGUAACGUCACAAUGAUGUCAUGGUGAUGCCAUUUUGUCAAUCAUUUAAUAAGAGGCAAAAAAAGAGAGAUGGAUAGAGACAAACAAGAUGAAAAGUUCAUAGAGAUGUUUGCUCACAGACUGUGAAUUGAAACUGUGAAGAUAGAAACAGUUUAUUUAUGAAAAUUAAAGUCUACUGGUCAGGGUUAGGUCAGCAAUCAUGCUAAUAAUGAGGGUUAAGUUAGAACAACUAGAGCAGAACGAAUGAAAAUACUUUAAAUAGACUUUAUCUUUAUUGCAGUCAUACUUUGCUUUAAUGAGGUAAUGAAGACAAAAUAAUAAUUAUACUAAAAGUACACAGUAUACAAUGUCUUUCAAAGAACCUUGACUGGUUUUACAAAGCAGAGGGAUUAACUAUUGACUGUAGCAGUAGGGAGUGAGCUGGGGUUGAGCAGAGUUACGGAGGCUUCGAUGAACCAGAGGAACGUCUCUGGCGUCUGAAGGGAGGGGUUUCCAAAUGGUGACUAAUGAUGUCAUAGUGAUCUCAUUUUGCUCCUCCCUUUCAGUGAGAGAGAACAUGGAGAAGGCGAAGAAGCUGCUGAAACAGGAGCUGUGA